AUGUCUUCCAAUCCUUGUGUGAGUCCGGAGGGUGAUGAUCGGGGGAGGGACCAUAUAAGCCAGCUCUGGAUUCCUCCCCCCGUUAGUGUGUUAAAGAUCAAUUGCGAUGCUGCUCUACCAAAAGGGAGUACUGAAGGUGGCCUUGGCCUGAUUAUUAGAGACCAUACAGGUGCCCAGCAUUGUGCGUUGUCCAUUCCAUAUCGGUUUGGUUCAAUUAUCCAGGGUGAGCUCUUGGCUAUUCGUCAUGCAUUGAUGGUGGCUAGGGAUAUGAGACUGGAUCGACUGCAGGUGGAGUCGGAUAGUAGAGAUGCGGUUAUGUUCAUCAACGGCCAGAAAGGACCAACAACGGAAGUUAUGGAGCUGGUUUCCAACAUCCAAAGGCUCUCCUUAUCAUUUGUCUCUAUUUCGUUUUAUUUUGUUCCACGGGCUAUGAACUCUAUCUAA